AUGUCGGCGACGCUUAUUUCCAAUGCACGCAUUUUCGAUGGUGUCUCAGUUGUGUCUGAGUGCGGCUAUGUCCUAAUUCAGUCCGGGUGCAUCUCACAAGUCUCACUUCGAGAGCCUUUGUCGCCUCCGGCGGAUUGCACUGUGGUUGAUGCCACGGGCUAUACAUUGCUACCCGGACUGAUUGAUGCGCAUGUCCACGUCUAUCAGGAUGUUCAACUCCUUGAAACCGCCAUUCAGUAUGGGGUCACAACUGUCCUGGACAUGCACAACGAGCGCGAGUGGUUCAAGGCGAUCAAUGCGAUCACACGCCAGCGCAACGAUGUUUCCGAUGUCAAGUCCUGUUGUUUUGGCGCUACAAUCAAGAAUGGCUGGCCAUCUGCCAUCAUCAAACUCGUUUCGCCGGAUAAGGAUGUUGAAGAUCGAAUUUCCAAGUGGCCCAAUCUCACAGACAGCAAGUCUGUAGAAGAGUACAUUGCUCAAAACAUGGCUGCUGGAGCUACUUUUACCAAGCUUAUGCAAGAGGAUGGUCACACCAUGACUCUGCCUUUCCCGGAACAACCGGUCCCAACACCAUCACUGGAGUUACAAAAGGCCAUUGUCGAUGCCUCUCACGACAAAGGCAUGCUGGCAGUGGCUCAUGCGUUGACCAACCACUCCACACUUCAGGUUCUCCGUGCAGGUGUCGACGGUCUAACCCACGCAUCUAUUGAUCCUAUCAAUGAGCAAAUCGUCGAGGCCUUCAAGAAGAACAACGCCUUCGUCAUCCCCACUCUGGCAGUCCAUGCAUCAUGCAGUGGGGAGGAGCAAGAAACCCGGGAUAAAUUCGCAACUAGUCUACAUGGCGCUGAAAAAGAACAUUUGCUGGGAUGUCUUCACAUCACGUCGGACAAAUUUUCUAUCAAGUCGGUCUAUGAGCAGGUGUAUACGCUCAAAGAAGCCGGAAUCGACGUUCUCUGUGGAACUGAUACCGCGACUGAUCUUCUCGGUACUCGAGCUGGGGCAUCUGUCCACCAUGAACUAUGGAUGUACGUCAAUCGGUGUCGCUUUACGCCUCUGGAGGCUCUCGUCUCGGCGACUUCCAAAAUUGCAGAGCGCUUCAGACUGCAAGAUCGGGGGAGAAUCAGAGAGGGUCUGCUUGCGGAUCUUUUGCUUGUGUCUGGGGAUCCUGCGAAAUCUAUUGAGGCCAUACGCAACGUCAAAAUGGUCUGGAGAAACGGAGAGGCAGUCGUCAACAAUUAG